UGUCCACCCCAGUCAAAUACCAAGUACUCAUUUAUACUCCUGAGUUGAGAGAAGCAAUUGUGUGUAAGUUUCUUGCUUAAUUAAGAAAAUUAGGCCAUAGCUCGUCAUCACUGUGACUUGAACUUGCAACCUGGAUGUUUCUGUUCUCCAAAUGCACUCUGUAACCAAUUGAGCUACAGCACCCAACCACACACACACACACACACACACACACACACACACACACACACACACACACACACACACACACACACACACACACACACACACACACACACUCACACACACACUCACACAACACACAUCACAUGUAUCAUUCUUCUAUAUCCUUACUUUGAAGCCACGUCUCCUUCUCCAUGGCGACAUCUGUCCGACCAACAUUCUUGUUACUUGCCUCAUGUCGGCCAAGCUGGCACAUUUAGGUGCAGCGACAUUCAUCGAUGCCCCACUUUCAGCUAGUCGGAUCACUCAGUCCAGAGUACAUGGCUCCUUAACGAAUGGACGGGAGAUCAUACAGUAAAAGCAAAGAGACAGACGUCUACAGUUUGGGAGUGACCCUGAUGGAGCUGUUAACUGGUCAAACACCAGCCAGUCAUCCUCGUCGCAGAGAUCACCAAGUGCAUCUAAUAGAGCAAAGAGAAGUUUGCAUGACGUGUAUGAAGAUGUUGUAUUCACAACCUAGUCAACGUCUGACUGUGUCUCAAGCGCUCACAGGAAUAGCAAACAUCAGUGAGAUGGUUCAGUACAAUGCUGGUGCUCUUCGUGUUACCGAUGGUCGUGCUCUUGCUGCUGCUGCUCUUUGUGUUGCCGAUGGUCGUGCUAGUGCCCGUCGUGUUGCUGUAGAUGUUGUCAUUGGUGAUCUUCUUGAUGGUGUACGGUGAUGGUGCUGCUGCAGGCGUCAUUGCUGGUUGUGGUGCUGCUGUUGGUGUCGUUGCCGGCUGUUGUUGUUGAAGUGCUUGUGUUCGUACCGGCACCGGUCCUGGUCCUGGUGGUGUUGCUGUUGGCGCCUUUGCCAGUUGUUGUUGUUGAAGUGCUCAUGCUGGUCCCAGUGCAUGGGCUGGUGCAGUUCCUUAGUCUGUGCUGUUGUUGGGGUUGCCACUACUGCUGCUGCUGCUCAUAUAGUUGCUGCUGCUGUUGGAAGUGGGCAAAUACAAGUACUGUUGCUGAUGUUCCUGUUGCUGAGGAAUGUUGUGCAAGUGCCAUUGCUGAACAGGGUUGUGCAAAUGCCAAAGCUGCUGCUGGGGGUGUCCGUGCGUUGAUGGCUGCAGUACUAGAAGAAAGAAAAUGUAUUAACAUAGGUUGCAACAUGCAAGGACGUUGUAAUUAAACAUACAGUACCAUUAGGGUGCCAGUUUGGGUGCCACAUCCUUUUUCUUCAAGAUUUGUCACACUUCAGUGGCAGGUUGUCGACCUAAUGAUAGGGAUGGACAUUGCAAUGUCUAUUUGUAUCUGUAGGUUUGGGUAUUGAUGAUGUAAUCAACUACAGACAUGGACAUGUCUAAAUGGUGGGAAGGAGUACCACCACAAUCUAAAUUGUUUAUUGAUGGCUGAAUUCUCAUAGCACAGCUGACAAACAAAGAGAGGUGAAGCCUUAUGAUGACAUCACGUUCAUCUAUUGGUUGGUAAUGAAACCACUUCUCUUCUAUUGAUCGGAAUAGCUUCAUUU